CCUUUUCACUGUUAAUGAUAUAUCGUCUCUUUGCUCACUCAGUCUCUCUUCUCUCUCUCGGAACCUCACAUAUCUCUACUCUGCGAUUCGUUUUUCCCUCAAGCCAUGGCUCUGGUCUUGCAUGCAGGGAGCACGAACAAAAAUGCAUACAAGACUCUCAUUGCUGCUGGGUAUACAGGUGUCCAAGUUGCACUUGCACCCAACUUUGAGAUGGGCGUCUCCAACAAGACUCCUGAAUUUCUCAAGAUGAACCCCAUUGGGAAGGUUCCUGUGCUGGAGACACCUGAUGGACCCAUCUUCGAGAGUAAUGCCAUUGCACGUUACGUUACUCGCUUGCAGGCUGACAAUCCUCUUUAUGGUUCAUCUUCAAUUGACUAUGCCCAUAUCGAGCAAUGGAUUGAUUUUGGAUCCUUGGAGAUUGAUGCUAACCUUGGUAAUUGGCUUAGACCAAGAAUGGGAAGGGGUGUCUAUCUUCCUCCAGCGGAAGAAGCUGCAAUUGCUGCAUUGAAGAGAGCACUGGGUGCAUUGAACACAUAUCUUGCUUCUAGCACAUACCUUGUUGGGCAUUCUGUCACUCUUGCCGACAUUGUUAUGACAUGCAAUUUGUUUAUGGGCUUCACCAGACUCAUGACUAAGAGCUUCACUUCAGAGUUUCCUCAUGUUGAGAGAUACUUCUGGACAAUGGUCAAUCAACCAAACUUCAAAAAGGUAUUGGGUGAGGUCAAGCAGACAGAUUCUGUGCCUGCUGUUCAAUCUGCAAAGAAGCCUGCCCCUGCCAAAGAAUCUGCUAAACCCAAGGCUAAGGAGGAGCCAAAGAAAGAAGCCAAGGAGCUGGCAAAGCCAAAAGCAGAAGCUGAGGAGGAAGAGGCACCAAAGCCAAAACCCAAGAAUGCUCUUGAUCUGCUUCCUCCAAGUAAGAUGAUAUUGGAUGACUGGAAAAGGCUUUACUCUAACACGAAGACCAACUUCCGUGAGGUGGCAAUUAAAGGAUUCUGGGACAUGUAUGAUCCUGAAGGAUACUCUCUCUGGUUCUGUGAUUACAAGUACAAUGAUGAGAAUACCGUUUCCUUUGUGACACUGAACAAGGUUGGUGGAUUUCUUCAGCGGAUGGAUCUGGCCCGCAAGUAUGCUUUCGGGAAGAUGCUAAUUAUUGGUGCAAACCCACCAUACAAGGUGAAGGGCUUGUGGCUCUUCCGUGGCCCCGAAGUCCCUGAAUUUGUGAUGCAAGAGUGCUAUGACAUGGAGCUCUAUGAGUGGACCAAGGUUGACAUCUCAGAUGAAAACCAAAAGGAGCGUGUGAGUCAGAUGAUUGAAGACCAGGAGCCUUUUGAGGGAGAGCCUCUAUUGGAUGCCAAAUGCUUCAAGUGAAAUAUCUAAUUUUCAGUUGUGUUUUUGUCUCAGUUUUGUGUUAGCUUGUUUCCGUGGUUUUUUUUUUCUCUUCCAGACAGCAGUCCAGCCUUUUGAGACUGGUUUAAUCUAUAAUUCUUGCUUUUGCCAUUUCAUUUUGGAUCUUUCUACAUAUUCUAAGAUGUAUGUUUAUUAUCAGAAUUGACCUAUGGUAUAUUUACAUAUCAAUUAGUUU